CCCCAUCUCCCACCCCACCCCACCCCAUUUAUCUUUCUAUAUUUGCUUGAACUUUCCCAUUUUAGCUUUAUCUCUUCAGUAACAAGUAAACUUGUCAACAUAUCUGCUGCUUUUUUCUUCACAAUAUCUCUACUUGUUUUUUUUUUUUGUUUCCUCAGAUUCUUGCUAAUGAGACUGAAUCAGAUCCAAGUAAUGCUAAACGUGGUUUUAAAAUCACUUCUUCUUUUGUGAACUUUUGGGUUUUUGGGUACCAAAAAGAUCAUUUUUUAAGUCUCAGCAGUGAUGAAUUUAGGCCUUAAUUCUUGAUUUUUUUGUGUUAUACUUAAUUCUAGAGAAUUUUUCUUUGUGGGGUUUUAUUUAAGGUAAAUUCUUGAUUUUUGGGUGUCAAAAAAGAUCAGUUUUUUAAUGUCAACAAUGAAAAAUUCAGGUCAAUUCUUUACAAUUGGGCUAGUUACAGCUUGGUAUUCAUCAAAUAUUGGGGUUUUAUUACUGAACAAAUAUUUGUUAAGUAAUUAUGGGUUUAAAUAUCCAAUCUUUUUAACUAUGUGUCAUAUGACAGCUUGUUCUUUACUAAGUUAUAUAGCAAUUGCUUGGAUGAAAAUGGUCCCAAUGCAAACUAUAAGAUCUAGAGUUCAAUUCCUGAAAAUCUCAGCUUUGAGUCUUGUUUUUUGUACUUCUGUUGUUAGUGGAAAUAUUUCACUUAGGUAUUUGCCUGUAUCAUUUAAUCAAGCUAUUGGUGCUACUACACCUUUUUUUACUGCUAUCUUUGCUUAUUUGAUGACACUGAAAAGGGAGGCUUGGUUGACUUAUAUCACUCUAAUUCCUGUUGUCACCGGCGUAAUCAUUGCUAGUGGGGGUGAACCAAGUUUUCAUCUAUUUGGAUUCAUAAUAUGUGUCGGUGCAACAGCUGCAAGAGCACUCAAGUCAGUGCUUCAGGGGAUUUUGCUGUCUUCUGAAGGGGAGAAGCUGAAUUCCAUGAACCUUCUACUCUAUAUGGCUCCUAUAGCAGUUGUGUUUCUAUUACCGGCGACGCUUAUGAUGGAAGAAAACGUAGUUGGCAUCACAUUGGCACUUGCAAGAGAUGAUAGUAGAAUAAUCUGGCUUUUGCUAUUCAAUUCUGCCCUUGCAUAUUUUGUAAAUCUCACCAACUUUCUGGUGACAAAGCACACCAGUGCUCUAACACUUCAGGUCCUGGGAAAUGCGAAAGGAGCUGUAGCUGUUGUCAUCUCAAUCUUAAUAUUUAGAAACCCGGUGUCAGUCACAGGGAUGCUCGGCUAUGCACUGACAGUUUUUGGGGUCAUACUCUAUAGUGAAGCGAAGAAACGUAGUAAAUGAACAUUGAAAAAUCUUCAACUUGCAACUUCUGACAUUAAUUGUCUGUUGAAGAAACAAUAGUUCAACUUUCAGAGGCAAGUUGGAUCAUGCUUUUGCAAUUGUUGUCACAGAUUUUUUCCUCGAAUUUGUAUCUUUUUUCCCGGAAACCUGGGAAACAGACUUUCCAUCUGUAUCGGCCAAGAGAUAAAAUAGGCUGAAUAGAAAGUCUUAAGAAGUUACUUGAUCUAUCUAUCCAUUCAUUCCUGGCAUGGAUAGUAUAGAUAUGUUUUGUUUUUGUUUUUUUCAGGAAGAUUGUAAAACUGGGACUGCACAAUAUGUUACCUAUAGUUGUCAAAUUUUGAUUUAUUAAUGGAAGGAUCUCAAAAUUGGAGAUCUGCAAACGGCUAUGUGAUUUCUUUC